GCGCAGUGUCUGCCCCGCCGCGCAGGCGCAGUGGCCCGGCGUCCUCGGUAGAGGGAAGAGCCUGAACCGGCAAGACACGGGCUCGCGGACACCGGCAGUGCGACCCCCGCUGCAAUGCCGGACCCUUACGACAAGGACGUGUACCCUGAACCCCCGCGCCGCACGCCAGCGCCCUCGCCGCAGACGUCGCUCCCUAACCCCAUCACCUACCUGACCAAGGCCUUCGACCUCCUCGUGGACCGGCCUGUGACCCUCGUGAGAGAUUUUAUAGAGCGGCAGCAUGCCAAGAACAGGUACUAUUACUACCACCGGCAGUACCGCCGCGUGCCAGACAUAACAGAGUGCAAGGAGAACGAUAUUCUGUGCAUGUUUGAAGCUGAAAUGCAAUGGAGAAGAGACUACCUAGUUGAUCAACAAAUUAUCAGUAUCAUCCAAGGAAGGCUUAAGGCCUGUCAACAGAGGGAAGGAGAGAGCUACAAGCAGAAUUGUGCCAAGGAGCUUGAACAGUUUGCCCAGGUGGCCAAGGCCUACCAGGACCGCUAUAACGACCUAGGAGCCCAUUAUUCUGCCAGAAAAUGCCUGGCAAAGCAGAAGCAGAGGAUGCUGGCCGAAAGAAAGGCUGCCAAGGAGGCUGCUGCCUGAAGCCUACUCUGAGAGCACCCCUGACUGACCCUUGUUACAUUGCUGAAAUAAAGUGGUACACCCUGCC